AAAUGACGCUGUCCGGACAGUCCAGUGGCUGGGGGUGCAGGGAGACCAGGCUCCGGCGAGCCGAGCCCUCCGGGCGCUGACCGCCGGCGGUCAUGGAGGACGAGCAACCCGACAGCUUGGAGGGCUGGGUGCCGGUCCGCGAGGACCUCUUCGCCGAGCCCGAGCGGCACCAGCUGCGCUUCCUCGUGGCCUGGAACGACGUGGAGGGCAAGUUCGCUGUGACUUGUCACGACCGCACGGCGCAGCGGCGGCGGCGCGAGGGGAGCCAGCCCGGGCCCGAGCUGGUGUCCGAGGCCGCCGCGCCCCCGCCCAGCUGGGCAGGCCUGCUCUCGGCUGCCGGGCUCCGCGGCGCGCACCAGCAGCUGGCGGCGCUGUGGCCGCCGCUGGAGCGCUGCUUCCCGCGGCUGCCGCCGGAGCUGGACGCGGGCGGCGGCGGGGCCUGGGGCCUGGGGCUCGGGCUGUGGACGCUGGUAUGGCCGGCUCGCACGGACCCCGGCGAGGCGUCGCUGCAGGAGCUGUGCCGGCAGCUGGAGCGCUACCUGGGCCAGGCGGCCGACGGCUGCGGCGGCGCCGCGGUGCGCGACGCGCUCUUCCCCGCCGAGGGCUGCGCGGCCGACUGCGAGAGCACGCGCGAGUUCCGGGAGCGGGCCCUGCGCGCGCGGCGGGACGAGGCGGGGGCGCGGCUGCGCCAGGUGCUUCAAGGGCAUGAAAAAGCCAACACCAUGGUAGCAUUAAUGAAAGUGUAUCAAGAGGAAGAUGAAGCAUACCAGGAAUUAGUUACUGCGGCAACCAUGUUCUUCCAGUAUUUACUGCAGCCAUUCAGGGAUAUGCGAGAACUUGCGACUUCAUGUAAGCUUGCUAUUUUGAAGUCCUUGGAUGAGGAUGGUCUGGGUCCUAAAAGGAUAGUUGCCCUGCAGAAGGAAGCCCAAGAAUGGACCAGACGGGCUGAAGAAGCUAUAGUCUCGAUUCAAGAUAUUACAGUGAAUUAUUUUGAAAAAACAGUAGAAGCAUUAGCAGGAAUGCAGAAACAAAUGGCACAGGAUGAGAAGAGAUUUGGCCAGGCUGCCUGGGCCACAGCAACUCCCAGGUUAGAAAAACUCAAGCUGAUGUUAGCUCGGGAGACUCUGCAACUCAUGAGAGCCAAAGAGUUGUGUUUAAAUCACAAAAGAGCUGAAAUUCAGGGAAAGAUGGAAGAUCUUCCAGAACAAGAAAAAAAAAUAAAUGUUGUAGACAAAUUAGAAAUACAAUAUUAUGAAGUUCAGUUAGAACUAUAUGAGGUUAAAUUUGAGAUAUUAAAAUAUGAAGAAAUACUGCUUGUUACACAGUUGGACUCUAUUAAAAGACUUAUAAAAGAUAAACAGGAUGAAGUUAUCUAUUACGAUCCGUGUGAAAAUCCAGAGGAACUUAAAGUCAUGGAUCAUGUAAUGGGGCUGCAGGAUGAUAUGAAUUUGGAGGUGAAGGAACUCAUCCGGCAGUGCCAGCAGCUGGAAUCUAAACGGGGCAGGAUCUGUGCCAGAAGAGCCCGUCUCAGGAACAGAAAGGAUCAAUGCAAAGAAAAUCAUCGACUCAGAUUGCAACAGGCUGAAGAAAGCAUAAAAUAUUUUCAUCAGCAUCAUAGCGUUCAGAGGAAAAGAGACCAGAAAAAAGAGGAGGAGCAAAAGAAAAAAGAAUGGAUGAACCAAGAACGCCAAAAGACACUCCAACGAUUGAGAGCAUUUAAAGAGAGAUGUCCAGGUCGCUCUGUCCUAAAGAGCUCUCGCUCACAACCUGUGGCUCCACACCUGCCGAGUGGACUUCCCCGGCAGACAUCCCCGCCGACUUCUCAGAUGACAGCGGUGAUCCAUCAUCCGUCCUCUAGGAAAACCAGAAGCGCUCCCUUAUCUGAAGUUAGUAACGUGAUAACCCCUGAGCAUGAAGACUGUGCUAGAAACAUCCUUGUUCAGACUUUUGUUCCAGUUGGUGACCAAACACACUGCAAGUCAAGUGAGGAGUUGUCACUGCCACCACCUCCUCCACCUCCACCACCACCACCACCACCACCGCUGCCCCUCCCUGCUCUGCCCUUUUCUUCUCAAUCUGCAAAUCAUCGGAAUUUACACUUCAGGACUUCAGCGAAAGAUGAUCAGCCGCUUCCUCUAGUGUGUGAAUCGCCCGCUGAGAGCCCGUGUGGUUCCUCAGACCAUUUUAGCUGUCCAGGGUCGAUGGACGAAGUGCUGGCCUCCUUAAGGCAUGACAGGGCCCCUCUCCAGAAGGUGCAAGCGCCCACUUUGUCCCCUCCCCGUGCCUCAGUCAAUGAGCACAUUCUGGCUGCCAUAAGGCAAGGGGUCAAACUGAAGAAAGUUCACCCUGACCUUGGCCCGAGCCCCAGCAAUAAACCCACCAGCGACCUGGAGAGGAGCAUCAAGGCGGCGCUCCAGAGAAUUAAGAGAGUAUCUGCUGACUCGGAGGAGGAGGACGAUCGUGCUGAGCAGAACCCUGGCGAGUGGGACCGUUAGCCUCUUCGCCGAGGCCCAAGGCUCGUUCUGGAAAAGCAUGUGAAUGGGGUGCUGGCAGACUGGCCACAUGACACCCCAAAAGAUCAGCAGGGCUGGGUGUGUGACGUUGCAGCUUUAUUUAAAACUGCAGCUCUUAUUAAAGUCAGGGAAGGAAGGAGAGACGCGGUGCCUUUCACGCAUCUAAGAACACACGGUGAGCACCGCUGGCAUAAGAAAACAGUAGUUAUUGUUCACCACGGAUCAUCUAGAAUCAUUCCCUCAUUCUGAAAAACGUUUACACUGCUAUGGUAAACAGCACUACUGACCGUUCCUCCCGAGUGUGUGUAGUGGUUUCCUGGGAUUGAAAGGUUUGAAUGUGAACAUUAUUUUAACAAUAAUCCGAAUAAGUUGCUUAUAAGCAGGAAUUAUUUUAAAUAUUUUAAAGGAAAUGUAUUUCAUGUAUCAAGCAGUAUAUAAACUCAUAAUAAAGAACUAUUUAUAAUGCAUCAGUGUCACUCAUGAGGAAGUGAAACAUAAUAUCUUAACACAGCCAUCCCUCCCUUGGCUGGGUUUAGCUGAAAUCUUAUUAAAAACAUUAAACGGGACUUCCCUGGUGGCACAGCAGUUAAGAAUCCGCCUGCCAACGCAGGGGACACGGGUUCGAGCCCUGGUCCAGGAAGAUCCCACAUGCCGCGGAGCAACUAAGCCCGUGCGCCACAACUACUGAGCCUGCGCUCUAGAGCCCACGAGCCACAGCUACUGAAGCCGUGCACUCUAGGGCCUGCAUGCCGCAAUUACUGAGCCCAUGAGCUGCAGCUACUGAAGCCCGCAUGCCUAGAGCCCAUGCUCUGCAACAAGACAAGCCACUGCAGUGAGAAGCCCGCACACUGCAACGAAGAGUAGCCUCCGCUCGCCGCAACUAGAGAAAGCCCGUGCGCAGCAACGAAGAGCCAACUCAGCCAAAAACAACAACAACAACAAAAUCCCCAAAACAUUAAACAUUUAUUUAAGCAAAUACUAAGGGUGGGGGGAGAGUGUUGUUCCCCUCAGGCACUCAUGCUGGAAUCAUUUCUCCUCCUUGCUUUGUGUUAAAAUUAGGAAAGGAGAAGAGACCCAUACAAGGCAGUCUCCUCAUUUCUCAAAUUGUCCCAAGCAUCCCCCCUAAUGUCAUCACCCUCACUCCUGCCAUGGCAAUCCUGGGUUUCCACAGAACAAGAUGAAUCGACCCACCUUUUCCAAAGAAAAGUUGUUAUAGACCAAAACCCUUCCUACUUAGAGUUUCUUCUUAGCUAACUCGAGGGGCCUCAGCUGGCAUAGCUGGGAGGGGUCUGGGUCCUUCAGCAGCUGCAGCCUGGACCUCCGUGCAUGGCUGGAGAUCCUUCAGCGUGGCCACUGCUAGGUCACCCGUGGGUCCGUCAGGUGUCCUACUUUCCCUGACCUGAAGUGAUGCAGACCCAGAUCCAGCUCCUGUACACGAAGGUGCCUCACUCUGCUCUCGGGGCCCAGGCCUUGGUGCCCUGACCAGGCAUUGGCCUCUGUUCCCACUGUUCCUUUUCCUUUUUGCAGGUUCCCGGUGUGUGUGGGGGGGCGGGGGGGUGCUGCAGCACGGGGGACAGUCCCUGCUGGCUACUUUCCGGGCCUCAGUCGCAAAUCCCAGCGGCAGGCCAAGUGGCAGCCUCCCCGGCCUCUUUCUCUACCAUAGACAGGCCAAGCUCAGCACAAAAAGUUUCUCUAGAAAGAAUCUGGUAUUUUUAAAAAUGGCAACAUCAGAGCUUUGCUGGACUUUCUUAUGCUUAUUAUGCAAUUUUGUAUUUUUAUUUUAAUUCUUGUAAUUUCAGUAUUUUGAGACACCAGUGAGCUUACUCAGACUUGGAUAAUUCUCAGAAUUUGCUUUCUAAGUCCUGCCAAAGACGAGAAGACUCCAAAAAAAAGAUCCUUUUCCAGAGAGUUCUCCAAUUGAAACUCCUCACCGAACUGUCUAACGUGCAUCCAAACUUCUCUGGAAUCCUCUCUCCCUCAUUUCUCCAUUUCCCCCCUUCUUCCAGCCAAGGCUUAAGUCCAGACUCUGGCCUCAGGGGAUCCAGAGCCAAGGGGAGGGUCAAGUAUUGUCUCCUAUUGUCCAGCUUCAAACCUGUGCAGUCCACCUGCUAAAGUGCUGUCAAUCCAUCCCCACCUCCCCCCUCGAUGUCCCUCUCCAUUCUCCAGCCCACACCGGUAAAGGCCUGCCCCUCAGAAACCUGGCUGCUGCCCCUCCGCCCCUUCCCCACCACAGGUUUUACUCCAGCAAUACCAAGCAGGCUGCCCUCAAAUGGCCCUGCUCUCCUAAGCCUCAGCGCCCAGGGCAUCCCAGCCCUCUGCCACCCGUCCAGCAAAUCCACACCCACCUCUCAGUCUCAAUUCCAUCGCAUCCUCCUCUCCAAAGUCUUCCCGGGCCCUCCCCCGCUCUAGGACCACUGCCCCUUGUCCUGAACACCAGUCACGACGCCUCCCCCAACCCACAGCCCUGGCUACAAGGGCAGCCCACUUUGGCCACGUUUUAGAGCCUGAGUUGGGCCCUCUGGCUAAAGCUGAUGCUAGGACAGCCAAUCCAUAACUGGAAGCCUCCUAUGGAUUGUCCCGGAGUGAAAAACCAUGAGCCGGGCUGAUCAGACUGACUUAUUCAUUUGUUCAUUCGUUCCCUCUCCCGCAUUUGAAUUGGGGAAUCAAGCAGGUAGUAGCAGGAGCCAGAAUCAAGAGGUUUUUGAUUAAUGACCACCCAUCAUGUGAAACCAUGUAGCUGAGUGAAUUUAUACAGUAAGUCCCCUACAUACGAACCUUCAAAUUGCAAACUUUCAAAGAUGGGAACAUGCGUUCGCAGGUCCAAUCAUGUAAGUUAGUUCACGCGUCUGGCAUACAUUUUCAUGUGCAUGCAUCUGCUACAAGUGGUUGUGCUUUUGUGUACUUUACCGUACAGUACUAUUUUUGUGUGUGUUUUUUUAUGUAUUAUUUGUGUGAAAAGUAUUAUAAACCCAUUACAGUACGGUACAACAUAGCCAAUAUGUGUUAGUUGGGUACCUAGGCUAACUUUGCUGGACUUAACGAACAAAUUGGACUUAUGAACGCUCUCUUGGAAUGGAACUCGUUUGCAUGUCAGGGACUCACUGUACAGCAGAGUUUCUCAACUCUUAGAUAUGUAAACUCAUGGGAGAAGCGUAUCGGGUUUCUAUUGCUGCCAGAACUAACUACCACAAUUACAGGGGCUUAAAACAAAACAAAUUUAUUAUCUUACC